AUGUCGAGUGAGGCUCCGGCUAGCGAGGCUGCGCCGACGGGUUGCGACUCCGUUGGCGUCCCGGCGGGGAGUUCGGUUCCGGUGUUGAAGAGUACGUUGUCGGUGGGGGAGAGUUUGUUGCCUGACCGGAGUGAGCAGGGUGCGUCUAGUUUGGCAUACUACACGAAGUGUGUGGACUCGGCGGUGCAUGACUACUUGUGCGAGAGUCUGAAGGCGAGCGAAGUGAUAGAGAAGGUGCGAGCACUAGACACGCCUAUUUUCGCGGACGUAUUUGUGUUACGUUCGAUCCAGCACGUAAUCCCUAUGGGGGAGGCGAAGCAAGCAGACGUGGCGCAACUGUUAACGAUAGCCUAUGACAGUCGUAUUUUCUCAAGACAGCAGUGCACACGCGCGUUCGAGAAAUUACUCCAACAAGCCGUGGGGUUUAAACAAGCCGUAGAUGGAAGCAUCGAAGAGGCACUCUUCGCCUUCUUUACCGCGGCCGCCGAUGACGGCUGGGUGGAGCCCUCGUUCCUUAGUAAGCUGCCGGAAUACUUCGUCAAGAACCUUCCUCCUCUUAUCCGUGACGCCGACCCCGUGCUUGCUUACAACGAGGAACGCCUUCGCAAGUACAAGCAGGCCUGUGUGCAAGUGGUCGAAGAAGCGCUGGCUGAAGGCAGUUCCGACACCGUGGUAGACUUCCUGCAGACCAAUGCGGGCCAAAACGCUACUAAAGGCGCACAAGCCUGCGGUUCAAACCCCGCCUCUGGCGCCCCCGGUGGUAUGCCGCCGCCGCCGCCGGCGACGGUGAUUGUGCCGCCGAUUACGAACGAGCUGAUUAAGCACGAGUUCGUGCGCCGCCUGCUGGCCAACGGACUAAGUUCCAACUCGCCCACAGAGCGAGAGAUGGUCUCCAAAAUGCUCAGCGAGCUCUACGGCCUUUAUCUCUCACCCGACGAUGUACAGCUGGGAGUCGUUCGGUUGUUGGCCAGUUUAUCAGACCUCGUUCUCGACUGUCCGGACGCCAGUACCAGUCUUAGCAAAUUCAUUAGCCUUCCGCUGGAUGACAUCGGGCCGCCGCGUCCUGGCCCAGAAGUUCUCAAAGAUCUGGACGUCCACUGA